UCUGUACAUGCUGUCCACCCGUGGCAUUUAUCCAUUUAGGGUUGUCUUGCAUUUCUCUUUUAUGCUCCAGGCUCUUCAGGCUCCCAGAGGCCAGUGCCUGACACAUAGAUGUUGAAUAUAUAUCCAUUGAACAAAUUAACAACAAUCCCUUUUGUAAAGGUCUCAUACCUAUUAUCUCUGACUUGACCAAGUGAGAAGGGACAAUGAGAGAGGCUUUAAUGAACUGCAGUCAGCUGCUUAGUGCAGAAGCUGUCAUCAAAGGAAAAGCAGAGCUGGGGGCAGUCAGGGUGGAGAACCAGCCCUGAAUUGAAGCUCACACUCACAGAAAGGAAGUAGGGCAUCUGUCAUGAUUGCUGGCUUCCCUUUACUAGCACUUCUUGCUAGCAUUUUUCUUUUUUUUUUAAUGUCACAGUGAGCUCUAAUUUGAGCUGCUUUUAUUGUUCCCCAAAGACUUUGGGUAUCACAAAAACUGAAAUCCAAUCCGUAUUCUUCUUUGGCCUUUGGGGAAGUGGAACCUGGGUGUGUUUGUCAUUUUUAGCAGUCAUUGGAGUAGAGCCAAACCUCCAGGAGACACUAAAAGUAUUAAGAAUUGUUCGAUUGGUUGUUGGAAUUAGCUGUUAAACAAAGUGGCCAGUAACUGAAUGCUGGGGACCUUCUUGAACUCCAGUUGGGUGGGAGACCUUCCAGUGUGUGUGUCAGCUCUGAACUAGGACAGAAAGGUAGAGAUUGGAAACAGUGGGCUGGUGACAAAGCAGCUGAUAAAAGCACUCUCCUCUCCCUCUUUGUCUGGGAGUUUCGUCUUGUCUCCAGCUUGCUUCCUUUCUUUGUCCCUGCACUGUAUUCCAAUGCUGUCCUCCCGGUCAGAUUUACUGAUGAGCGGAAGAGAAACCCUGGGGGAGGCACUGGGCUUGUGUUCCAUAAUGGAAAUAAUCCAGGGCCUAGCUGCUGUCUGGUACACAAAGGAAUUGUGUUCUGUGGGUUGAAAGUAGAAACGAGAAGGGAAAUCUUGCACAUUGACUUAGUCUCGUUCACUUCAUCGUCUGUAGGGGAGUAGAUUAUUUGUUGUAGAGAAUUCAGAGAAAGUGCCUGGGUUUAUCUUUUCCUGAGCAUACUUCUGAAAUAUUUCACACACAACAAACAAAACCAAUUUUUAAAGCACCACUUAGAUUGACACACUGUUUCAAAACAUAUCCCUUCCCAGCCUUAGAGCACCACCACCACCUUACUUAAUCAUUCACUGGAACUGACAGAACACACUGAGUGCUGUGCUUUUCAGAAAGAAGGUAGGAAUUUAGACCAUAUCAGUCAUAGAAUUGAAACCUACCACUGGUGUAAGGCUUGAAAAGUAUAUUUCAUUAUAUUUAUUUUCCGUAGAAAUAUAGAAAUAAAGAAUAUUUUCAUUCUAAAGAUGACCAAUGUCAUCUUAGCAUUAGCUAAAAUACUAAGAUGGACACAUAAAUUUAAAAUAACCAAAAAUGCCCAUAUUUGCAAGGAAGUAAUGUCUAAUAGCAUGCAUCUACAUUAAGCUUCCUUGGUGUUUAUCUAAAGAUAGUGUGGGCUCAGUAGAUGUUAGCAGUCAAAAAUGAUGGUGGGUAAAAGGCAAAUGAGUUGAGAGCAGACCUGGUGGUUAUUUGGUGUACAUUUUAAGUUAUUUUUUACCUGGGAUGUUAGCUUAGGUGUAUUCUAUUCGUACAUGUUAGAAGCCAGUUGCCAUGAGCUAGAAUUUACAGGGUUUCAAAUGGUAAGAGCAGCUAUUUAGAGCCUCAUAGGAAGCAACUGUUAAAAAGGGCAGUACAUCUGUUUUUAGUGCCCACUAAUCCUCAAUCAAGAAGCAUUAAACAACUGGCACAUUGCUAGUUCCCAUAAUCUACCUGAGUAAUAGCGAUUUUGCUAAAAAUUAAGUCUCAUGCCUUCAAAGGUAUCACGAAAAGCCCUUCCCAGAAUACUUUUUUCUCUGAUCUUUAAGCCUGUGUGGGAGGAAGAGCUUAUUCACCCAUUUUCCAGAUGAGACAACAGGCCCAGGUUGUGACUUGCCCCUAUUCACAUAGGGCAUAACAUAGAUUUUUGAAAAGCACUGACACCUUUCAGACCCUCUUGCCUUCUUCCCUGUGAAAAAAGCAAAGGCUGCAGGAGUCGCUGUGCCCUCAUAGCUGUCACUCCCUAUAGAUCUGUCUUCUUAGUCGUUUCAACCGUAUGCUACAUUUUGAGUAUUUAAAUCUUACUGUUAAAUAUUGCUUUCUUUUUUUUUAAUGUCUUCUCUCUGACUAGACUAUAAACGCCCUGAAGACAGAGGCUAGCUAGCUCUUUUUCACCUCCUAUUGCUUCCUAUACCUUGUAUGGAUGGCAUUUUGAACCUAACAGGCCCUUAAUAAAAACCCGUUGAUUUGGUAGCUCUAAACAGCGAGUGCCAGUUGGAUCCUGUUACUGGCAGCACGUCUCAGGGAACAGAUGUUCCUGUUCAAAUCCAUGAAACUGGAAACAUUAAAAACAACAGUCAUGACGUUGAUUGAUAGUGAUAUUCACUGUGUCAGACUGUUUAAGCUCAGCUAUAAAAUAGACUCUCACAUAUUGUCGUCUUUACAUUUUGAUUUCAAAGACUCUCAAACGUUUAAACAAUGUCACUUGACUUAGAUCCUAAUUCUUGCUUCAUGUGCUAUUUAAUAUUUCUUUAUCAAAUUAUGCCCCUGUCCUUUUUAAUUUCACACUCACAAUCUCUUGUUCCUGAGAAAACAGCACCUCUGGGUGCUUUAAGAUAUUUUUGUUCGUUGUAAGAAAAUAUCAGCUGGCCGGGCAUGUACUGCUGAGAACACAGAUGUGGCAGAGCUGGAGAGAGGUGUACAGUGAAUGAUCUGUCCUCACUAAUUCCCUCAAAACUGUACCCAGCAGGUCCUGAACAAGCAGAGCCACUCUCUAUGAGCACCAUGGGUUUAUUUCAUUUUCCUACACCACUGACCAGAAUAUGCACAGUGCUGUGGGGACUUUGGCUUAGGGAGAAGCCAGCAUUGUUAUCCCCAGGAAUAGCAGUCACUCCAGUCCAGAUGGCAGGCAAGAAGGACUGCCCUGCUCUGCUCUCCCUGGAUGAAAGUGAGCUUGAGGAGCAGUUUGUGAAAGGACACGGUCCAGGCGGCCAGGCAACCAACAAAACGAACAACUGUGUGGUGCUGAAGCACAUCCCCUCGGGGGUUGUCGUCAAGUGCCAUCAGACGAGAUCAGUUGAUCAAAACAGGAAGCUAGCUCGGAAAAUCCUUCAGGAGAAAGUGGAUGUUUUCUACAAUGGUGAAAACAGUCUUGUCUACAAGGAAAAACGAGAGGCAGAGAAGAAAAAGCAAGAAAGGAAGAAAAGAGCAAAGGAAACCCUAGAAAAAAAGAAAGUCCUUAAAGAACUCUGGGAAUCAAGUAAACAUCUCCAUGGAGAAGGAACUGCAGAUUCUGAAGAGUCUGCCAGGCCUUCCAAGGGAUAAUGGUGGUCAGUUCCAUCACCAGUGCAGUCACAGAGCUUUGAAAGAACAAUUUUUGAUGGAUCUAAAAGACUUCACAUUUUUUUAAACUGUAAUGAAUAGAGAUGCACACUUCAAGAAUAAAACUAUAAGGAAAUACAAGCUCUGAAAAAA